GACAAAACUGAAAUUAUGCGACCUCAGGCUCGUUAUUUAUUCUACAAGCGGAUACAGAAUUUUUUAAUCUUAAGAGAAGUCGUAAAAGUGAAAUAUUAUCACCUCAAAAUCUUGUAUAUAAGAACCUGUAGGACUCUAUCUGAGUACACUGUCUACGACGACACUCAGUUUGCUUUGGGAACAGCAUACAACUGCAACAUGAAGACUGCCAUCGCUGUCCUUCUCUGUGCUUUGGUGGCUGGUACCAUGGGAGGUUACCUCCUGGGAGGAGGUGCUGGCCUUGGCGGCUUGGGUGGAGCCGGCCUUGGUGGUAGCUAUGGCGGCUAUGGCGGCUACGGCCGCGGGAUUGGCGGCGGGAUUGGCGGCGGCUCUGGUGGCGGCUAUGGCGGCUAUGGCGGCUACGGCCGUGGGAUUGGCGGCAGCUCUGGUGGCGGCUAUGGCGGCUAUGGCGGCUACGGCUACUAGCCCAGUUUGGAUUCCGAAGAUGCCUAUGGCUACACCACAAAGGAUUAAUUGCUCAUCUGAAUGCAAUAUAUUUGUCUGCUCUGCUUUAAUAAAUACGUGGUGAUCACAUGUU